AUGGAAAUUCUAAUAAAUUUCUAUUAGAUAGAUGUCAAAUCAAAGAUAUCUAAUCCAUAAAGCAAGUUAGACCUUAUAUCAAUUUAAAUCUAAUCUGAUCUCAAGGUUUUAGUUUAAUCCAGAAUAGAAUUACAAAAUAUUCAUUUGAACUAUAAAAACUAAUAGAUUUUCAAACAGGAGUUAUCCUAAAUUCAGUAGUAAGUUUAGCAAGAGUACAUUUUAGAGAAUAAUUAUACUAUCGAACUUAAAAGAUUUUCAGAAUUCUCAAUGAAUAUUAGCAUUGAAGCUCAUGAAUUACUAAAAAAUCUUAAGCAGUAACUCUUAAACAAAGAUUAAAACCUUAUUACCGUUUAAUAAAGAUUUCAGUAGUUGCAAAUUGAUAUUGAUACUCUUUAGACUCUCUACAAAAAUUGCAAAAGCUUGUUUGAUGAAGAAAAUUUAGAGUCUUUUUUUGAGAAAUAGAGAUAAUUUAAGUUCAAGUAGAGAGAAAACAUAAAAUAAGAUGAUGAAAAUGAUAAGGAUAUUGCAGAAUAGUAAGCGAAUAAAUAGCUUAAUCUAGAUGAUGAUUUUAGAGUUAAAUAACCAAGUAAGACUGAGGUAUUUGAAAAUUUCGAAAUACUUCACUAACUUAAAAAUGAUUCUCAAUAACAAAAUAAAAAUCAAGCAUCAAUUAACUAAUUCAUAUCAGAACAGUAAAGAUACCCUAAUACUUCUUUUAUGAAUGAACUCAAGUAGUAACUGAGGAGAAGAUAAGAAAGGAUUGAAAAUGAAGAAAACUUAGUCUUCAAGGAAUUCGAUCCGGUCUAGGGAUAGUUUGUAGAAAUAAGUAAAUUAGAUAGAGACAUCAAGGAUAAAUAGCUGCAACAAAAACUCUUAUAGAUUAAGGAGGAAGAAUAAUAGCUUAAAUUAUAGUAGGAAAGAGAAUAAAGAGAUAUGAUGAGGCAAAAUUAGUCCAGAUCAAAUCCAUUUGGCUCUAGUGAAGGAAUGUCUGAUCUAUUUGCAGAGUUAAGAUAGAAAGCAAAUCAAAACCUUGGAAAUGAUGAAAUAUUUGAAUGA